CAGCAGCAUGAAAAAAAAAGAAAAAAAGAAAAAAAAAAAAGAAAGAAAAAAAAGAAAAAAAGAAAGAAGAAGAGGGGGGAAAGAAAUAAAAAAAGAAAGAAAGAAAAGAGAGAAAGAAAGAAAGAAGAUAGGGAAAGAAAGAAAAGAAAGAAAAAAAAAAGAAAGAAAGAAAAAAAGAAAGGGAAAAGGGAAAAAAGAUUGGAGAAAAGAAAGGAAGAUGGAGAUAAAGAAAAGAAGAAAGGAAAGAAAGAAAGAAAGAAAGAAAAGAAAGAAGAUGAAGAGAAAGAAAGAAAGAAAGAUGGAGAGAAAAGAAAGAAAAAGAGAAAAAAAAAGAAAAUGAAAAGGAUAGAUAAAGAGGGAAAGAAAGAAAAAAAAGAAAGAAGAAAGAAAAGAAAAAAAAGAAAGAAAAAAAGAAAGAAAAAAGAAAGAAAAGAAAGAAAGAAAAAAGGGAUAGAAAAAAGAAAAAGGGAAAGAAAAAGAAAAGAAAAAUUUAAAAAGGAAAGAUAAAAAGAAAAGAAAGAAAAAAAAAAAAAGAAAGAAAAAAAGAAAGAAAGAAAGAAAAAAAAAAAAAAAAAAGAAAGAAAAAAAGAAAAAAUAGACAGAAAGAAGAGGGAAAAAGAAGAUGAAAGAAAAAAAAAG